ACACUCAGCAGCAGUGAGAAAUGACCUCAGCAUCGUGUGAGGCAUCCUCCCCCCUGAGUGCUCUGUAACAUCACUGUAAUGAUCAUCAGUCGGCUGGGAAUCGAUGCCAUUGGAGAGGCUGGUGUCUGCUCCUCUCAGAUCUCCUUCCACCUGCUCCCUCCUCCCCCUUCCCCUCUCUGCUGCCUGGGAUCCUGUGCUCUGACAGACAAGGGGGGCUUAUCCUGUGUGAAGGCAGAGCUCAGCCUGGUCACAGCCUCACUCUCUUCUAUGACAGCGUGUGGGUGACAGGACCUGGGGAGGUGAAGUCAAGCAAGUGACCUUGUCCUGGACUCAGCUGGCAGUGGGAAGAGGGAAGCCCUGGUUUAUUCUUCUUCCAAACCUCCACACCCACCAAUCUGCAGCAUGCCUGCAGCAUGGCUCCUACUGACCUACCUCAGCCUGCUGGCUAUAGACACCAUCAGUGCCUUUAAUCUGGAUGUCAAAAACACAAUCAUAAAAGAUGGGGAAAAGGGGAGUUUUUUUGGAUUCUCUGUUGCCCUUCACAAGCAGCUGAGACCUGACCCCAUGAGCUGGCUUUUGGUGGGUGCUCCACAGGCUUCAGCAUUACCAACGCAACAUGCAAACCGGACGGGUGGUCUCUACCAAUGUCCGCUGACAGCAGAACCUGGGGAAUGCACACGAGUUGAUAUUGACUCUGAUGUGGACACAAGUCGCGAAAGCAAAGAAAAUCAGUGGCUUGGAGUAACUGUUAAGAGUCAAGGUCCGGGGGGAAAGAUUGUGACAUGUGCCCACCUAUACGAGUCUCGUCAAAGGGUUAUGCAGGCAUCAGAGACACGGGAUGUGAUUGGACGCUGCUAUAUUCUGAGUGAAGAUCUAAGCAUCAGUGAUGAAUUGGAUGGUGGGGAAUGGAAGUUUUGCGAGGGCCGUCCUCAAGGCCAUGAGAUGUUUGGAUUCUGCCAGCAAGGGAUGUCAGCUGGAUUUAGCAUUGACAACAAUUAUAUCAUGUUUGGGGCCCCUGGGACCUACAACUGGAAAGGGGAGCUACGGGUGGAGCUUUUUAAUCAAAGUGCUCUGGAGCUGGGUAUUUAUGAUGACGGCCCAUACGAAGUUGCUGGAGAAAACAGCCAGAAACCAGAUUUGAUCCCUCUUCCAUUCAACAGCUAUCUUGGACUCUUAUUUGUCACAAACAUUGAUAGUUCAAACCCGGAUCAGCUGGUGUAUAAAACGUUGGAGCCCACAGACAAAGCAGCCAUGCUGAACCACGAUGUAGUCCUCAAUAGCUAUUUAGGUUUUUCAGUGGCCUCGGGGUGGGGGGUAACUGGGAGGAACAAGCUGAGCUUUGUAAGCGGUGCUCCCCGGGCCAAUCACACUGGUGCUGUGAUUAUCUUACGUAAGGACAGCGGAAGUCAACUUAUUCCAGAGGUCACUUUAUGGGGAGAGACCCUGGCUUCAUCCUUCGGAUACUCAGUUGCUGUAGAGGAUUUGAACAACGAUGGUUGGACAGACGUGCUGGUCGGUGCCCCUAAUUACUUUUCACGCAAGGAGGAAAUAGGUGGUGCGGUUUAUAUCUAUAUGAAUAAAGAUGGGAAACUGGACAGCUCUCCUCCUCUACGGCUUAAUGGGACUGAUGGCUCGAUGUUUGGAAUUGUUGUCAGUAGCUUGGGAGACAUGAACCUGGAUGGAUACAAAGAUAUUGCCGUUGGAGCACCAUUUGACGAUAAUGGCAAAGUCUUUAUUUAUUUUGGGAGCAGAACGGGAUUAAUAACUAAACCAGCACAGGUGUUGGAUGGAAUUGGAGCUGGAGUGAGGACAUUUGGCUACUCACUCUCUGGAGGAUUAGAUAUUGACGGUAACUCAUACCCCGAUCUUGCAGUAGGAUCCCUUUCUGACGCAGUGGUCCUAUACAGGUCACGCAAUGUUAUUCGUCUCCACAAAGAUGUCACCAUUAACCCACAACAAAUUGACUUGGAGCAACAGACUUGCAAGCAUACUAACGGGAUCUGUGUGGACUUACGAGCAUGUUUCAGCUACACUGCACAACCCCAAACAUACAAUCCUAGGAUUAUUCUCAGGUACGUGUUUGAGGCUGAAGAAAAUAGGAGGCGUCAAGGGAAAUCAAGUCGGGUCUUUUUCUUAAAACGCCAACCCAGUGAUCCAGAAUACAAGUUCACUAGCACUGUUGAGCUUCCCAGGCAAGGCUCCAGCCACUGCGUUACAGCUACAUUCCAGCUACAGGAUGGUAUCAAAGACAAGCUUCGGUCUAUUCCAAUAGCUCUGAAAUGGGACAUACAUGAUGCACGAAAAAAAAGGCAAUCAUCAGUGGAAACAUUGCCUCCUCUCCUGCCUGUUCUCAGUAAUGAAGAACCAGAUAUCUACAACACAGAGGUGAACUUUCUCAGAGAAGGCUGUGGAUGGGACAAGAUCUGUCAAAGCAAUCUACAGCUGAAUUAUACCUUCUUCUCCCAUGUAGCCAAUGAGUUUACUCCACUCCCCAUAGAAGGCAACCAUCCUGUGUUUGCAAUAAAUGAAACAAAAGACAUAGCUCUUAAGAUCGACAUCACCAACUUUCCAUCUGACCGAGAGAAUCCACAUCUUGACGGUGAUGAUGCACAUGAAGCUCAUCUCAUUGCAACAUUCCCAGAUACUUUGGCCUACUCCGCCUUCCGUCUUCUGGUAGAGGGCACAGUACCAUCUACGGACAAGACAGUGAUUUGCAGCUCUAACACAAAUGCCUCACAAGCUACCUGUGAACUUGGGAACCCAAUGAAGAGAAAUGCUGUGAUAAGCUUUUAUCUGAUCAUGAACACUCCAGGGAUCAAUAUAGAGACUACAGAUUUGGAGGUGAAACUUGAACUGGCCACAAUAAGUGAGCAGGUUAAUUUGCCUGUUGUGCGUGCAAGAGCCAACGUGAUCAUCGAACUUCUCCUUUCUUUUUCUGGGGAAGCGUCACCCCCAAGGUUGUUUUACAGUGGAGAAAUAAAAGGGGAAUCAGCCAUGGUUACUGAAGAGGAUGUGGGCAGCCCACUGAACAUCGAAGUGUCUGUGUCUAACAGUGGUCAGAAGUCCUUGCGCACCCUGGGUUCUGCCUUCCUGAAUCUCAUGUGGCCACAUGAACUAAUAAAUGGGAAGUGGCUACUUUAUCCAAUGAAGAUCCAUCUGCAUGGAAAGAAUGAGUCUGGGCAGAAGAUGGAGUGCAGUCCGCGAAAUGCUGUCAACCCACUCAAUUUGACGAGAGUUGAAACAUCUUUUAAGAGUGUGGAGAGCUAUCACACUCCCAGUUCUGCAAUCCGGUGGCCCCUCUCUUAUCCUGCAAAGAAGAAAGACAUAGUUCUGGACUGUGCUAGAGGAACUGCCAACUGCAUUGUGUUUCAAUGCCCUCUAUACAGUAUAGAACAGCAGAUGGUGCUAAAGGUCCAAGGGCGGCUUUGGAACAGCACUUUAUUAGAGGAAUAUUCUACUGUCAGUUCAUUGGAGGUUAUAAUCAGAGCGAAUAUUACUGUGAAGUCCACUCUGGAGCACCUGGUGCUGAGACAUGCUACUACCCAGAUUCCAGUGACGUUGUAUUCAGAGCUUGGAGUGGCUGCACAUGGGGGAAUUCCUUGGUGGAUUAUUCUCAUUGCAGUACUGGCUGGAAUAUUGCUUCUCUUACUCCUCGUGUGUAUCUUGUGGAAGUGUGGUUUCUUCAAAAGAAAACGUUAUCAGGAUGAGAAAUUGCCGCAGUACCAUGCUGUGAAGAUCCCAAAAGAAGAGAGACCAAUGGUGCGAGAAGAGAAGACAGGGACCAUUAAAAAGAAGGAUUGGGUGACAAACUGGAGUGAGGAUGGCUCUUUGAACAGCUCUAGCUAAGGUCCUCUGCUCUUUCCUCCUGCAAACUCAUCUUCUAAGCUGUCCCUGUGGCUGGAAGGCUGGUCCCUUUGGUUUUGGGCUGUAUCUAUUGUUUUAUUUCCUGUUGUUUUGUAUAUGAAGAUGUUAAAGAAUUUUGAGACAUUUUAGCCUAAGAUUUGAUCUGCUGUUUAUCCCCGUCGGUUCCAAAAGGUACCUCUGUGGCAUCAGCACCUUGCAGGGCUUGGAUCACAUUUGGAAAAGAUAACAUUUGAGACAGUUUUGCUUUUUAAUUGACUUUAAACAAUACUGAAGACAGUCUGCAAGGGGAAAAAAACAUUUUUGAGGAUCUUUAUACAGAACAGAUAAAUGAUUUCUUCGCUAUCUGAGAUAUGCAUAUUGUUGCAGCACUGGUAGCAUUGACUACAAAUCCAAGGUGACAGAUAAACAGUGCUAGAGAUUAAUGAUAGAAAGAACUGGAGCCAAGUAUCACACUGUGUUCAUUCUAUUUUAUAAGAACUUUAAAUAAUAUUAUGCAUAUGUUUUUAAUAAUGUCAAAAUUGCCUUAAUAGCUCAUUUUCCAGCUUUUGCAGCAUGUUUAUUAUGUUCAUUUAAAUAUGAAUGGUUCGAUAAUUUCAAUGUGUAACAAAGAAGGGCCAGUCCACCUAUUUCUCCAAGAUAACGUGAACACACAGCCAGGCCAUCUGUUGUAAUUGAGAAUGCUUUUAAGCUGGUUAGAACUGUGCUAAGAGAACUUUGGAAUGUCUUAUACUGUUUGAAUUGUUGUCACGUCCGCAGGAAUGACAUCAUUGUGACUGUAUUGAACUAUUAAGUGAUAUCAAAAUGAUAGAAAGCUGAAUAAUAAUGUACUGAUAAACGAUGAACAUAGAUGCUGGCAACUGAGGAACUCACUGUCUGGUAGCUAUAUCCAAGCAUCUUUGUCUCAGUGCUAGAUGCCAAACUAUGAUGACCCAACCUUUUUUAUUUGCAAGUAUUUUAAAAACGAUUACAUUAUAUAAUAAUAGUUCCAAUUAACCACAAAGCUUACAGCAGGUGCUAAAUAAUAUAGUCUCUUUGUCUGUUGUAUAUACACACAUUUGUCAAUUUCUCACAAUUUCACACUCGCACUGUCAACCCAACAACCACCAUGAGGAUCUUGUGGAACCAAAGGUGUCACAAGGCUAGAACCACAGGUAAAGUUACCACUGUAUUAGUCAUGUCCUACAAAACUCAGAUGGGAAAAAAUAAGACCUAUGUGACCUCCAAAAUAAAGCUUUAUUUAUGUUUUUCUUGUAAUCUGUAUAAUGGUACACAAAGCAAGAUAGCCAGGCACCUUUUACACGCACUCAGUAGAAAUGACAGUCUUGGUUAUCUGUAGUUUUUAUUGAACUGUCAUUUUGUCUGUGUUUUUCCAGAUAUAAAGGCAAAUUAUGGUUUUAUUUUAUAGUUUUAACAAACUUUAAAUCUUAACUCUCUAAGAAAAGUUAUGCAGAUUUGUGAUUUAUUAUUUGUGGUGCAAAGUUCUCUAUUGUAGGAAACCCGUGGAAUGCCCCUGCUGAUGGCUCUACUUUUGAGAUUUUAACUCAGAAUUGAUAUUGCUGAAGCCAUUUAUAUUGGCUUGAAUUAAAAGGCUCUAAAUCGUACAUUUAAGACUUAAAGGCUUAAUCCAACCUUCUUGACCAUUUCUGCUUUUAAAAGCGGCCUUGGUGCAAGCAAUCUGUCUGUGCAGCGUUUCUACUUGGAACAUUGUCUAUACACUGCUCCGGGUCCAGUUGCACCUCCGGCACACAUGACUCUGUGCUUAAUGCGAGUUCUGUGCAAAAUGACCUUCGUCUUCAGUAUUCACUACGUGAUAGCAUUGGAUGUAAUCACUUUCUUCAUUUGCAGAAAGCACUUCAAGCAUUCCUGCAAGUAGAAGCAACUAAAUGUGGACAAUAAAAUGUGUCCCCUCCCUCAGCUCUCCACGCUUCCCUACUUGAGCUUUCAUUUGUCUGUGUUUUUGUUUUAUUUUUUUGGUUUCCCGCCUCCCCAAUGAGAGCACUACCAGACCUCCCUGAUUUACUACCUAAUCUGUAUAUUUUCCUUUAUUCCCUCUUUAUUUGUCCACCCCUUUUCUUUUGCAUACUCCCUCCCUCCCCAUCUCAUUUCAGACUGCUGCCUUGAAGGUUGUGUAUGGAUUCAUGAGGUGGGCAGGCAGUAGCCAUUUGUCCAACCCCUAGUCUACAGUGCAUGCAUGGUAUAGUGUUCAAAGCUUCUUAUAGGGAAGCAUUGGAUUCAAGGCUUCCUUAUAGAAUAAUCUGAUUGGCACAUUUACAUGCGCAAAAACUCCAACAGUGCUUCUCAUUGAAAAGCAUUUGAUUGGACCAAGGAAUGGAAAAUGAUAAUGUGGCGAAAGAAGACAAAGAACUUGGUCCAGUACUGGAUUCAAGGUAAGUUUCAGACCACGUUUCCAUGUUCUACAGCAGAAUAAAGUAGGGGGACCCAGAUAACAAUGACAGGUUAUGACAUUAAGAGCAAAAUAAUUACAGGCUAAAGUAAGGUAACCCCUUAACAUUACGGUGCCUUGUUAUUGCAAUGCAUGUCACCUGCACCUACUUCUUUGAUUUCAUCACUAUAAAUGCUAUCAGUUUGUGUAUAUCAUUGUUUACAGCAUAUGGGAAGGUAAGAUGUGAAAUGGAAUUAUUAGGGCUAGGAAGAAGUAACCUUCACUAGAUAGGUAUUAGGUUCUUAUAAUAAAAGUACAGCUGAAAUAUAAUUGGAUGCUUAGCGGCAUACUGAUAGACCGGACAGCAAUAUUACACAAGUGGUUUCCUUUGAUAAUUAGAACGUAACAAUUUUACUGAUAGAUUUUCUUUAUAUUUCUUGAGACUUCACGCUUACCUUUUAGGUUUGGAAAUGCUUUUGAGACACAUUUUUUCACAAAAGAUUUUUCGUAAUUAAGAUUAUUUUCUAACCUUAGUAUGCAAGUAACGGUCACUAGCCGUCACAAUAUGUAAAGUUUGUACAUUCUCACGUUAGCCAUUAGUUUAUGGUAGCCAAGCUCACAUAUAAUGACAUUCUGUUAAGAUGCCUGAUCCAAGUAUGGAGGAACAUGCAAUACUGUUAUUUAUUCAUCUUCUCUGUGUUCAAUCCAUUGCAGCUAAGGAUUUGAAACAACUUGUUUAUUGCAAUUAAUAGCUGUGGUAUUUCCUACUUCAGAGACAACCACUAAUAUUUUCCUAGGGGUCAGAAUGGCAGCACAAACCAUAUUUAUAGACUGUUUACCAGUGAGCAAACCACGAAUCAUGAAAUCAAAGGGAUGCUCACUUUGAUAUUGCAUUUGCCUUUUAUUUUGCCUCUCUUGGAGCUUACUGAACAACAACAAAAAACAGUCCAUAUGUUGUUUAUUUCUUUGUGGUUCCUUAAAUUUAAUUUUAUCUAAUUCCAAUUUGUGUAUGUUAUAAGCAGAGUAUUAACGCCACUACACUGGAUUUGAUCUUUUAACUACGUUAUUUGACGGCUAAUAAUUUGUGUGUCAUGCUGACAAUAUGGCUUACGCAAAAACAAAUGGUUAUAUAAAUAAAUAUAUUUAUAAAAUA